AUGGCUUCAAUGGAGCUCGCACUUGCAGCAUUACGUUCAGCGGAUCCUGGAGAAAAGCCCAAUAUUAGUUUGGUUACAAGAACAUACGGUGUUAGCCAAUCGGGCCUUUAUAAACGUUUUCACGGUGUUACCGGCUCAAAAGAAGAGCAAUACGAUAAGCAACGAAUACUCACCACCACGCAAUCACGAGCGCUUAUAAAAUGGAUAAAUCAACUCACCGAGCGAGGCUUGCCCCCUACGAAUUCAAUGUUGGCGAACUUUGCAAGAGAAAUAUCUGGUAAAGAGCCUGGGAAAAACUGGGCUUCACGCUGGCUCAAGGCUCAUUCGGAUAAGGUGAUUUCUCGCUAUUCAACGGGCCUUGAUUCGGAUAGAAAAAAGGCAGAUUCGGCAUAUAAAUAUGCUUUAUAUUUUGAGCUUAUUGGACGGAAAAUAUGGCAAUAUAACCUCGGCCCAGAGCAAAUCUAUAAUAUGGAUGAGAAGGGCUUCAUGCUUGGAGAGGCUAUAAGCAGCAUCUUCAGGAUGGAAAUCGAGAAUGGAUUACAACAAUUGGUUGUAUUUGUGCCAAUGGAACUGCUUUAG